AUGGAGAAGCCACAGAAGAAAAAGAAUGUACUCCUCCGCCGACCACUCAUUUCCGUCGCAGUCCUUCUCAUCGCAGUCCUGGUGCUAGUCCUCGGUCUCGUCUUUGGACUUCGAGCAAGGCACCACAACUCCUCUGGUCUGGACUCAGGAUCCGAUUUCUCAGAGGCCUGGAACCAGCCCUCGGAAUUCUUGCUCGGCAAGAACUUUUCUAUUAUUCGGACACCUACUACCCGGUACUAUGAGUGGAACGUCUCACAGCAGACCAUUGCCCCUGACGGUCUUGAGCGACCCAUGCUUCUCGUCAACGGGAUGUUCCCUGGUCCCUUGGUCGAGGCAAACACCGGUGACAGGAUUGUGGUCAAGGUCACCAACAACAUGGUGAACGGCACCGCCAUCCAUUGGCACGGCAUGUUCCAAAAUGGCACCAACUGGAUGGAUGGUACCGUGGGCAUCACGCAGUGUCCGAUUCCUCCAGGUCAGAGCUUUACCUAUAACUUUACUGUGCCAAACCAAUGGGGCACCUACUGGUGGCACUCCCAUGCCGCAUCUCAGUACACCGACGGUAUCUAUGGACCCUUGAUCAUCCACAGCCCAGACGAGCCUCACCUUGCAGAAUACCAGGAGGAUGUCAUCAUGAUGAUCGCCGACCAUUAUCAUACCGACUCUGGCUCCCUCGUCUCCUGGUAUCUCAGCCCGGACAGCGAAGGAACCGAACCCGUCCCCGACAGCGGUGUCAUCAACGGCCGCGGUACAUUUGACUGCUCUGGAGAUUCUCAGGCCCUCUUUCCUACCGGCAACAAGUGUAACGAUGGUGCACCCAUGUCCGUGUUUGACUUCAAGGCCGGGACCACCUACCGUGUCCGUAUCAUCAACUCUGGAGCAUUUGCCGAUUUCCAGUUCUCGAUCGAUAACCAUAACUUGACAGUCAUUGAAGCCGACGGAGUCGAUAUGCAGCCUGUGCAGGUCCAGCGGCUCCCCAUUCAUGUCGCUCAGCGGUACUCGGUCUUGGUCCAUGCCAACCAGGCUGUCGAUAAUUACUGGGUCCGUGCUCUGAUGAACACCAACUGCUUCAACAACCCGAACCCAGCCCUGAACCCUAGUAUCCAGGCCAUUAUCCGCUAUGAGGGCGCUGCCAGCACACGGGCUCCCAACUCUGACGAUUGGAGCUCCAGCGCCUGGGUCGCUGUCUGCGUCGACUUGACCUUGGACAUGCUCAAGCCCUACACUAUUGUGCCCGUUCCCGCUGCAGAUGUGAGCUAUCACCUCGACAUCUCCUUUCAGACAAUCAGUAAAGACUAUGUCAACAUGGGGUACAUGAACCAAACCUCCUGGCGACCACUCAUGAACGACUCGACUCUGUUCCAGUCCCAACGAGGCAUCAACACCUUUGACGCCGCCUCCACUUCCCAGUUUGUGAUCCCUCUGAACAACACCAACGGAGUCCAACUGGUUCUCAACAACCUUGACGAAGGGUCACACCCAUUCCAUUUCCAUGGUCACGUAUUCCACGUCCUAGGGUGGGGUCAUGGAAACUACCAGCCAGGAGUGACGCCAUUGGAGUUGGUCAACCCUUUGCGUCGAGACACGAUAACGAUCCCUGCAUUUGGAUGGACGGUGGUUCGGUUUGUGAACGAUAACCCGGGCAUGUGGGCCCUGCACUGUCAUAUCUCGUGGCAUUCUGAGAGUGGUCUCUUGGUCCAGUUUGAGUCCCUGCCUGACAAGAUCAAGACCAUGGAUGUCCCUGCUGAGAUGAAAUCCAUGUGUGCUGCAUCCGGUGCGAUGUAA